CCUAACUGCCACGGGUCGGAUCCUGACCGCAUCAAACACUAUUUGGAUAGGAUCUCAUUCAAGUUUCUUCCAACUGUUUCUCUCCGCAGUGCUCGUUCAAGAAUCCAAAACUCAUCUCUUUGGCGCCUCUGCCGCUCCACCAAUAUCGAACGCAACCCUUAAUCUGUUCCAGGUGCACUUGGAAACUGAAGCAGUAGAGGGGAAGAAUAUUUCUACUACUACUGCAGCAGCAGCAGCAGCAGCAGCGAUGGAUUCAAGCCCUGCUUCAAACAAAAAUGUUGCUUUGUCCUUGAACCCAAACCUAAAAUCAAAUGCAAAGAGGAGAGAAGUGGUUGUUGUAGAGAGGACUUCGAAAACUAAUGUGCUUCCUGACGGAGAAUUGAAUGGUGCGAAUAAUGGUAGUGUAAUUUACAAUGGGAAGGACCUGAACCAUACAUUGUGGGGAGAAACUGCUCUUGAUAGGCCCAGAGAUUUGGCACAGUUGAAGAAAGGAGUUAUUGCAGCCUCCAUUCAUUCAAAGCAUAGGAGAUCUGUACAUAGACAUGCAAAGCCUAUCUGGCAAACUGUUCUUAGCUCUAUCACCAAGAAUUUGCUGCUUCUUGCAGCUCUGCUGUAUGUUGGGCAAGUAAUUUGGCGAUGGGCUGCCGGGGUUAACUAUCCUUUAUCAGCCUUGGAUUUUGAUAGCCGGAUCUCAGAAGUGGAAUCAUCUUUAAAGAAAACAGCAAAAAUGUUGCAAGUUCAGUUGGAUGUUGUUGACAAGAAGAUAGGGAGUGAGAUUGGUAUUGUGACAAGAGAACUUACAAAACAAAUUGAAGAAAAAGGAACGCUACUUGAGAAGGAGCUAAAUAACCUUGAAGCUAGAACUGAUGAUUUGGGCAACUCUUUCAGUCAGUUGAAAGAUGCUGACCUUCUCUCAAAGGAAGAAUUUGAGAAAUACUGGAGGGAGUUGAAGAAUAGAAAUCUAGAGGAUGCUAAUAAAGAUGCAUACUUGGAUCAUAUCCGGGCACUGGCAAAGGAUGUUGUUGAGAAAGAAAUUGAAAAACAUGCUGCAGAUGGUCUUGGUAGGGUAGAUUAUGCUUUAGCUUCUGGUGGAGCUAGGGUAGUAAAGCAUUCAGAGCCCUAUGUUGUUGGAAAAGCUAACAGUUGGCUCGCUGUCCCUAAAGGUAAAAAUACCAUUCAUUCUAGUGCACAGAAAAUGUUGCAGCCAAGUUUUGGUGAGCCAGGCCAGUGUUUCCCCUUGCAAGGAAAUAGUGGGUUUGUGGAGGUUAGGUUAAGAACAUGGAUAAUUCCUGAUGCUAUCACUCUAGAGCAUGUCUCAAAGAGUGUCGCGUAUGACAGGUCAAGUGCUCCCAAGGAUUGUCGAGUCUCCGGAUGGUUCGAGGGACCUGAAGCUGAUUCAUCCACCACAGCUGAGAAGAUUUUACUUGCUGAGUUCUCCUAUGAUCUUGAUAAGAGCAAUGUGCAGACCUUUCCUAUCUCUUUGGCUGAUUCGAACACCAUCAACAUGGUUAGGCUGGACUUCACCUCCAACCAUGGCAGCUCAUCCCUCACCUGUAUUUACCGAUUCCGGGUGCACGGCUUCGAUCCAAGCUCUCUCGCCAUGGCCACGGAACCUUGAAUGAUAGAGAAAGAGAGAGAGAGAGAGCAGCAUUUUGCAUUUUUCCUUUUUUUUUUGGGUUCUUAUAUAGUUUCAUCAGAUGCCAGUCUUCAGGCUUUUGGUUGUAGAAUCUCCAGUUAUCUUCUUAAUACACUUUUGUAGUUAAAAAGUUUUGGAGGGUGACACAUUGGAAUUGGUAUUGUAUCAUUUCGUCCUUUGUUAUUUCCUCUCUUUUAGUAAAUAGUUUUUUUGAACUAUCCAUCA